GUCAAAGCAUACGAGAAAAAUCGAAAGAUUAUUAUAGUUAUUCGAAUAACAAAUAUCAAUUUUACUGAGGUAUUUCAUAUUAGAAGCUUCCGGUACAGUGUUUUAAGCGUUUUCAAGUCUUAAGAAUAAAGUAAAAAAAUGGAAAACGCUUCAGAUAAUGAUUCUAGCAAUUCUGGGGAAUCCCAUUGCGAUUCUGCCUAUUCAAGAGCUGUCAAGGUAUUGCUUGAGCAUUCAGUUGAUGUCGACGCAUUUGCAAAGAUUCUUCACAUGAAAGAAGAAAAUGUAGCCGAACUUCAGCGAAAUUUAUCUGAUUGCAAAGAGCAGAUAAAUAUGCUCAACCAGAAAAUCAUAGAGAAGGAUGAUAUUAUCGCCGCUUUGUCGAAUCGUUGGGCUUUAAUUGAAAAUACUGUCGCCCAAUCAAUAGAUUUGCUGACAAAUAAAUAUCAAACAGGUCAACAAUCAGAAAAUAAAUCAAUUGACAACAAUGACUACGAAGGUGAAAAUAUUUCUCAUGUUGAGAUUUCUGAAGAGUUGAAGAACCUGGCGGAUGUAAAUAAAAAAAUUAAGGAAUGUAAAAAUGGUUUACACAUUUACACUCCAUACGGAACUACGGAAAGAUAUUUGAUCAUUCCAAACACUCCACCCUUUAAAGUUGUGAUGUAUAAAUUUGAUGAACUUGGUUAUAUUCUGAUUCAGCAUCGUCGUGACGAAAAAUUUAGUUUUGAAAGAACCUUGAUUGAAUACUAUCAAGGAUUUGGAGACUGUUCCGGUAAUUUUUGGAUGGGAUUGGAAUACAUUCACAUAAUAACAAACAAUCAGCCGCAUGUUCUCAGAAUUCAAAUGUGGGACUAUGCCUGGAAAGAAUAUUUUGCUGAAUAUGACAACUUUGUUGUUGCUGGAAAUGAUGAAAACUACAAGCUAAAGUCAUUGGGUGAUUACAAAGGAAAUGCUGGCGAUAUGAUACGUUUUAGUGAAAAUCAAGAAUUCUGUCUGUGCCCAAAAUUAAAAAGGGGCUGGUGGGAUCUUAAGGGUGAUCAUCAACUUUGGUGAG